CAACUCUGUUCUCUUACCUGUCGUCUUCUUCUCUGAAAACCUCUGUAUCUCUGCUAGAAAACCCCGAAAUUGCCUUAAGGAUCACAUCGUUGACCCGAUUUCGACCCGGAUUCAAGCUCCGAAAAUGAAUGACGCCGAUGUCUCCAAGCAGAUCCAGCAAAUGGUUCGAUUCAUCCGCCAGGAAGCAGAAGAAAAAGCUAAUGAGAUUUCCGUUUCUGCUGAAGAAGAAUUCAACAUCGAGAAGUUGCAGCUAGUGGAAGCAGAGAAGAAGAAGAUCAGACAAGAGUACGAACGCAAAGAGAAACAAGUGGAUGUUCGCAAGAAGAUUGAGUACUCCAUGCAACUCAAUGCCUCUCGAAUCAAAGUUCUUCAAGCUCAGGAUGACUUGGUUAACACCAUGAAGGAGGCAGCAGCAAAGGAGCUCUUAAAUGUUAGCCAUCAUGAGCACGGCAUCAUAGAUUCUAUUCUUCAUCACCACCACGGCGGUUAUAAGAAGCUUCUGCAUGAUCUUAUUGUUCAGAGUUUGCUUAGGCUUAAAGAGCCUUGUGUCCUUCUGCGUUGUCGGAAACAUGACGUACACCUGGUUGAACAUGUACUGGAGGGAGUAAAGGAAGAAUACGCAGAGAAGGCAAACGUCCAUCAACCUGAGAUCAUAGUUGAUGAAAUCCACCUUCCUCCUGCUCCAUCACAUCAUAAUAUGCAUGGUCCAUCUUGCUCCGGAGGAGUGGUGUUGGCUUCUCGAGAUGGGAAAAUUGUGUGUGAAAACACUCUUGAUGCCAGAUUGGAAGUUGUGUUCCGUAAAAAACUACCAGAGAUCCGCAAGUGCCUAUUCGGUCAGGUUGCUGCUUGAGCAGUUGGAAGCUUUUCCUGUGUUUAUCCCUCUUCGUUCAUCGCUGUGUGGAUUCUGAAUUGGUGAAAGACUGAAUUCAAAUCAUCAUCCAUCGCUUUGCUUGUGUACUAUUAUUUUAUUUUCUCCAAAAAGACUUGUUUUGCAAUUCUGGAACUGUCUCGUUUUCUUGUGAUUAUUUCAUUUGGGGGCAUUGCAACAAAACUUGUGUUGAGUGAUAAUUCUGUACUCUAGCACUGGGCUUGGGCAAUUUUUUGCAGUAUAAUGUAUGUCAAUAAGCUUGAUUUAUCGGUUGAGACAAAGUUAUUGUGAGUAAUAUCCCUCUGUGUAAUGUGUAGUUAAAAAUCUAUGCUACUCAAGGAAUUGUUCCAACAAUUCUUUGAUAAUAAAGUUGUCGAGUUGGUUAAGC